AUGGGAAAGGAAGACGAUAUUAUUGCUGAGGGUUACCAGUACCAAUGGUCCCCAAAAUCGGACUUGUCACUCACGGAAUUUCUGACGAAGUAUAAAUCCUCUAUGGUCCAGAACGACGGAACGAAACCGUGGCUUUGGGUUCACAAGUCCGACACCGCAUCGGAGGUCAAGGGUGUCGAAGAGGCCGUGAAGGAAGCUUCGGCGUUGCUAUCUCAGAUCACGGAGCGGGUCCAAGAGAUUCAGGACGAUGCUUCCAUCCCUAUACGCUCCAACAAGAAGAAGGGGCUCAAGAGCAAGAAGGAACUGCGCGAGGAAGUCCAACAAGGGGCAUCCGAGAAACUCAAAGACAUCGCCACGAAGCACGGCUACGUGGUCGGGAAGUGGCUCAUAUUUGCCCAGCCAGACAGAGUCGAUGCUCUCUGGAACUCUGUAGCCACUUCUCUUGUAUCAGGGCCCCUCUCGUCCACGAGCGCGUAUCGCGCGAAGGUCGCUACCAGCCCGCAAAACGACACGCCCAACUAUUCCCACCUCGUAUGCGUCUACGUACCAGAUGUGUACGAUCAGCCGAGCGUCACGGAGGUGAUGAAGGUCCUGCUGCGCAAUCAUGGUCUGAACCUCAUGGGCGUCAAGUCCGAUCUGUACACCUCCAUAGGUAUCGACAGCAAGCAUCCGAGCGGAAUCCCGUCGACGGUCUGGAAGAAUACGGCGCUCAUGAAGGAUACGGAGAUUAAGGCACUCAAAGAGGAAUACUUUGCGGAAUUGAAUGCCGCCAAGACUACGGCUGCGGAGGAGACGGCCGCGAAGAAGGCCGCUGCCGGUGAAGCGAAGAAGCCCAAACCCAAGCUCAAGAAGAAGGGAGGCGACGACCCCUUUGCAUCCGACGACGAGGAUGGCGAGGAGAAGGCGGAGCCCGAGGUGUCCGCUCCUGCCGCCGUGAAGGGCAAGAAGCCGGCGCCAAAGAAGAAGGCUGCGGCCGAUGCUUUCGCAUCCGACGAGGAUACGGCGGACCCGUCGCCUAAAGGGAAGGCACCACCCAAAAAGCGGGGCGCGAAGAGAUCGAAGGACGCUGACGAGGACGGAUCCGAGGAUGAGGCCCCGAAGAAGAAGAGGGGCAGGGCGUAGUUCCACCCGCUGCCACACCCCGUGGCAAAGACGACCCGCGUGGGUCUCUGGUAAAUUCCGUUAUAUUCCUAGUACCGCAUGCUCCGUGUUCUUGUUCUCAUGCUCUCGCUGAUGCUUUGUCUACCCCGUUCGGAUAGUUCAUUUCCUCCUUAAUACACACUCUAACGCC